GGCGUUCCCACAGACCCAGGCCCAAUAUCUUUGGGCCCCAGAGCCGUCCUGCAUCCAGGGUUCUUCGCUCCGCGCACCCGGGCUUCAUAUUGCAUCAUCGCCUUGCACCCUCGGGAUCCUGUCGCUUGCGCUCGCGAGCCCAACUCCAUAUCCCAGGACCAUCCGUUGUCUCUCCCCCUCGGCCAUGGUGAUUGUCGCCUUCAGCGCUGCUCUGCUGUGGUGUCUCUGCUCAAGCACCCUCGCGCUCCCGCUCUCCCGGUCUGCCCACAGUCCAUCUGCCGUUCGACUGGAUCGCAGAAAUGGCGAAGCCGGUGGUCCGCAGUACUACUGGCCGUCCUCGGCCAGCUACACCACCAACUCGUCGGUCCUCAACCGCAACUCCAAUCUCGACCGUCUCCCUUUGGUGUGGUCCAAGAACAACGACCUUGGUAUGGACCAGGUCAAGAUCGUUGCUCUGGACUACCUCACCCGCACCCUCUCGGUGCAGUCCAGCGAGAUAUUCAUCUCCUCAGUCCACCAGGACUCGUUGACGGGCAUAUACCACUUCUACGUCAACCAGGUCGUCGAGAAGACCGUCGUUAUCAACGCCGUUAGCAACCUCAGCAUCGAUCGCUUUGGCUCCGUUGUGGCCUUUGGUUCUUCGUUCAUCGUCCGCAAGCAAACCAUUGUCAAGGAAGCCAUCCAACUCAGCCCCAUCGACGCCGUCGUCGCUUUCGCUCGCCAUCUCAACGUUGCCAUCGACAGCAAGUCGCUGAGGCUUCAAGUGGAUGACACCCACACAAAGGCCACCAUCAGCGGUACUUCGGCCCUCACCAGCAAAGCCAUCCGGGCACAGUUGCGAUACUUCCAGACGCAAGAUUCGGUCCAGCAAGUCUGGGACCUGUCGGUUGAAACCGAGGACGACUGGUGGAACGGCUUUAUUAACACCCGCGACGGCUCGCUCGUCGGUCUGUCCAGCUGGACAAGCCGAUUUGCUAGCAAGCGGGCAGCUAGCGUCCAAGCAGCAUCAUACCGGAUCGUGCCUCUCACCCAGAACGAUCUGCUACACGGUGACCGAGCGCUUGUGUCCAAUCCUUUCGAUUUGACCGCCUCCCCCCUCGGCUGGCACGACACAGGCGAUGGCAAGGGUUCCCAGCCGACAACGGUCGGAAACAAUGUUCUCGCCCAGGAAAACCGAGAGAACCUUCCUGCCGUUGGAAGCAGCAACCACAGACCCACAGCUGCCAACUUUGUCUUUGACUUUGCGCUGAAUGACAAGACACAGCAGCCGCCAGACUAUCAGGAUGCCGCCAUCACAAACAUGUUCUUCCUUGCCAACACCUACCACGAUUUGCUCUACCACUACGGCUUCACCGAGUCCGCCGGCAACUUCCAGCAGAACAACUUUGGCAAGGGCGGCGCUGGAGCCGAUCCGGUGAUUGCGAACGCUCAGGAUGGCUCGGGAUUCAACAACGCCAACUUUGCCACCCCGCCGGACGGGCAGUCGGGACGCAUGAAGAUGUUCAUCUUCACCUCCACCAAUCCAAACCGCGAUGGCACCAUCGAGGACGACAUUGUCAUGCACGAACUGACCCACGGCCUGACCAACCGACUGACUGGCGGCCCGGCACAGGCAAACUGCCUGAGCCAACUCCAGUCUGGAGGCAUGGGCGAGGGCUGGUCCGAUUUUUACGCCAUCACCUUCCGCAUGACGGCCUCCAACACGCGCAACGACAACAUGGUGGUCGGGCAAUAUGUCUCUGGCAGUGCCGGAGGCGUCCGGACGUUCCCGUAUUCAACCAGCCUGUCAACGAACCCAGAGACGUAUUCAUUCCUGGCCCGCAGCGACACUCAAGAAAUCCACAAGAUAGGGGAGAUCUGGGCCUCGAUGCUAUAUGAAAUUUACUGGAAUCUUGUCGACAAGCUGGGAUUCGAUCCCAAUCUGCAGAAUGCCAGUGGCGGCAAAGGAAACACCAUGAUGCUGCAGAUCCUCACAAAUGCACUCAAGCUUCAGCCCUGCAACCCCACUUUUGUUCAAGCCCGAGACGCAGUCUUGACCGCCGAGCUGAACCUGAGCAAGGGCAAUAACCACUGUGAGAUCUAUGCGGGAUUCGCGAAGCGGGGACUGGGCUUUUCAGCCAAGGACGACGGCAGCUUCAAAGACGCCUUUGAUUUGCCGCCAGAAUGUGCUGGCAGCGCAACGACCCCCAAAUCGGCGAUCCGGUUCAUCAACGUCGGCAACUGAGUCGCCGCCUCCCGUUCGUUCGGACCGUUGGCCAAAAGGGGCCUCCUUUCCCGGCUCGCACUCGGCCCUCAACACUUUGCAUUGACGGCCCCCCGGUGCUUCGCCGCCGUUCACGUAUCCAGUUUUGUUAUUACGCUCCAAACUAAUGUACAAUAUUUCACACCUCGGGAACA